AUGGUCCUUGUUCCCUACGUUCUGCUUCCGCCGCGCUCCCCGCAAAAGCGAAUUCGUUCUCCUUCUCCUUCAGACUCGUCUUCCCGAUCUACUAGUCCCAAUCUUUCGCCUCGUAAACGGCCCCGUAACGAUAGGCUUGUCCGCGACACUGUUUCUCGAAUUUCCCAUGUAUCCAUCAACUCCCGCUCUUCCCCUCCCCGCUCUGAGCCCCCGCACACCGUUGUAUCGAAUAGUUUUGACGAAGACGACGGCGACAUUUUUGCCGAUCCUGAGGACCCCGUUUAUUUCAACUACUAUGGCCGCAUCCCCGUAGCAGAAUCUGAACUACCUGACCGAUUCAAAGAAACGGGCGGCGAAGACGACGGCACUCCGAUUCGUAGACUCUCCGCUUUCGCUAUAUUCAAGGUUGAUGACCGAGAGCUGGUCAACCCUCUGGAAAUUGACAGAGACAACAUCAUCGGUCUUUUCCGUGCCGCUGGGCUGGCCACGGAAGUUGCCAACCAACUUGGGGACGAUGAAUCUGACGCCGAAACCGAAGCGUGCUUCAUCGAAGUCGACAUCACUGGAUUCAGUGCACACCAUUAUGAGGAGGCUUUGGACGAACAAGUGUACAUCGAAACGAAGGAAGCCUGGUACAUUCUUGAUAUCCCUGCGACGGAGUACAAAGCAUUUUGGGACGGUUUUCAUCUGAAAAGCCGGAUUGCCAACUCCGUUCUUUCAGCUGCGAUUGACAAUCCAUCGACCAACUACGAGACUUGGAUUGCAUACCUGAUGCAUGCCAUCGACCGCGUUAAACUGUCGCAUGGAAAGAUUGCCAAAGUUCCGCUUAUCCGACACUUCUACGAUGAAUCUCGUGUUUCCAAUAAAAAGGAACAAGACGGCAAAAUUUUCGUCACAGAAAUUUGUGGUCGCAUCGUAAACCAACACCUUUCGACCAAGGUUUCCGUUGUCGGUGAUCGACAACUCGCAGCGGCUAAAAAGGCUGUCCAAGAGCUGGAGAAGCAAGCCCACAUCCAUGAGCAAAAUCCUACCCUUAUCAAAUGGGGACCACAGUCAUCUGAAACGGGAUUUUAUGAGAGUGUAGAGUUGGAUGGUUUUCUUUACAAGGCACGCGACAUUGUUGCAGUCGCACCGGGAAACGACUCGAAUAAACUCCGAGCAGAAUAUGAAUCGUCAAACGGAAUCAUUUGUCCCAACAUCUUAGCUAAUACUGCAUGGUUUGUGCAAAUUCAAUACUUCUUCGAAGAUGCCUUAGUCAAAAAGUUUCACGGGCACUGGUUGUCGCAUGGCAAGUGCUUGCAACUUGCACCCAGGCUGUCUGCAGCGCUAAUUCUUCUUUCAACAGGCAGUCGAACCUUACUGCAUGAGGUGUCACAUUCGCAAGAACUGCUUUUCCUUUCUGAAUGUGAUGACAAUGUUGUUGCCUCGAUACUUUGCAAAUGCAAUGUGCGUCGACUGGGAGUUGACGAAGUGGAAGAACCGGAUGACCAGGAUCCAUCCAGCCGAGACUACUUUAUUAGAUAUGCGUAUGAUUCAAAGCGACAUUCAUUCUCUGAUCUGCCUACUCAUCCCCAAACGGAAAAUCUCCGCCAGUACAACCAAUGUCUCAACUGUGCGCAGAAUAUGGAGCGAAGAUCGCAAGGCCGAAUUCGUGUUGUCGGCAAUGGCUUACAAAGAUUCGGUCACGUGCUGCAUAAAGAUGAUUUUGUCUAUGUAAUGCCCGACACCAACAAUUCAGCGCAGGAGCUGUUAUUUAUUGCUCGCAUUAAAACGGUGGAUACGGCACGAAAGCUCAUCACAGUCAGAUACUAUGAACGGGAGUCGCAUGACUCAAGAUGCAUUCGUCGGUCGUCACGACAAAACACGCUCUCUAUUGACAAUCUGGAUCUUGAUUCGAGGCCAUUCGUCGAAAGCUUUUUGGAUGAAAGAGACCCAGCCAUCCAGCGAUGGCUUGACGACGAUGAAAACCAUUUUUAUCUGAUGCUAGAUGACAACGAGGACCAUAUUGCCCAGUGCGGAGAAUGUUUCGACGCCCAUGCUUCCCAGUUAGAAGAGAGCAAACGCUAUGUCAGAAAGAAUGGCAAAGUCCCGGUGAUGGAGAUGUUCGCUGGUGCCGGUGGCUUGUCGCAGGGCUUCUGCCAAACAGGGUUUUUUGGUACCGAGUGUGCCGUUGAGUGGUCGUAUCCCGCUGCCCAGACAUUCAGCAUUAACCAUCCCGAGACGGGUGUUCUCUGCACAGAUAUCAACGAUUUCGUCCGAUAUGUAAUCCAACGCCAACAAGGAAAAGAGCAGCUUCCGCUGAGAAGCCGAGGUCCAGGCAACCCCAUCAUUCCAGACGAGCAGAUUCCAUACCCAGGCUCGGCUCGCGUCCUCUGUGGUGGGCCGCCAUGUCAAUCGUUCUCCCGAAUGAAUAUUCACAAAAAAGAGAAUGACCCCCGGUCCUCACUGCCGUUUACGAUGCUCAGCAUAGCGGAGGUCUUCCGACCCGAGUUCUUUUUGCUCGAGAACGUGACCGGUCUGCUUGACCACUCGGAGAAGUACACGGUGCAUGGCUCGCCCAUCAAGAUGGCGAUGCUGAAGCUGCUCACCCGCGUCUUACUCGCCCUGAACUACCAAGUUUCGCCGAUUUUGGCCCAGGCGGGGCAGCAUGGAUGUGUGCAAAACCGCCCGCGCUUCUUCCUCUUCGCUGCCCGGCGCGGCUCUGUUUUACCGAAACCCCCACUGCCGAUGCACGUGUUCAAGCCUGCACAGCGGCGCAAGCUCUUCAUCGAGGGCGACUUCAUUGGCGGCGCAAAACGCGGACGGAUGGCGAAUACCGACUCGGAUGAUGAAGACGGCAACAAUUUUGCACCACAUCCCGGGUUCACGAUCAAAGACGCGACAAGUGACCUCCCCAAAUUCGAUUGGAUCAACCCUCACGAAGUCAUUGCCCAGACUCCGGCGGAUAAGAAGACAGUCCAAACAAGACUCGCGUCUGGCAUCAAGCAGUGCGAUGCAUCUACCACGCCCGUUGGAUAUGCCGAGCCUGUGCCGUAUCUUACAGAGCCCCAAACCCGCUAUCAACGCGAAAUGCGGCGCAGCAACUCAUCCUUGGUAGAGGACCACGUGACACUUCGGUACUCGUCGUUCGUUGUGGAGGCGACGGUAACGGUACCGUUGAAGCCCAAAGCAGGACAUCCUGAUCUUCCACGGGCUUUUCACAAACGGCUGAAUCCGAACAAGACGCGGAAGUUUGGGCGAUUGGACGAGAAUGGGCCGUUCAAGACUGCGAUGACUCAAGUAUCGCCGAGUAGUCAUGGGAGCCAGCUUCUUCAUCCAACGCAAAAACGGACGAUCACCGUCUUGGAGGCUAAGCGCGCUCAAGGCUUUCCGGAUUCCUUCAAGCUGUGGUCUGACGCGAGCAAUGCUGGAGGUGUCAUUCGUCAGUACUACAAGCAUAUCGGCAACGCUGUUCCUGUGCCUCUUGCUGCUGCAGUUAGCCGCAGUUUCGAGCAGGCAUUGCUGCAAUCCGAGUCUAGCCGCCGCGAGGACAGUCCUGAAGCGGAACUGUGA